AUGGCCUUGACUGAUUUGCCAGCUGAUGCGGUCGCUCAAGAUGCGUCACUCGCGUCUCGUCGCCUCGCAACAUUGUCUAACGCAGACCGCAGUAACGCCUUGACGGUUCUUCACGAAGCUCUAGCAAACAAGGAAAACCGACAAUUUAUUCUGGAGGCCAAUGCUAGAGACAGGGAAAUUGCCGCCCAAGGUGCAGCUGCGGGAAGUGGUCUGAGCGACAGUGUGAUCAAAAGACUGGAUCUCUCGCAUGGUGAAAAAUAUAAUGACAUGCUCCGUGGAAUCCUAAGCGUGCGAGAUCUAGAUGACCCAAUUGGAAAAGUGUCCCUACGAACCCUCCUUGACGAUGGCCUGACACUCGAAAGAGUCAGUUGCCCAAUCGGCGUCCUUUUGAUCAUUUUCGAGGCCCGACCAGAAGUGAUCGCAAACAUUGCCGCGCUGGCUAUCAAGUCCGGCAAUGCUGCUAUUCUGAAAGGUGGGAAGGAGUCUACGGAAUCCUUUAAGGCCAUUGCAACUAUUGUCUCUGCUGCAAUCAGGGAUACCAAGGUGGUACCGGAAUCUUCAAUUCAGCUAGUCCAGACACGCGAUGCCGUUUCUGCUCUGCUAGCUCAGGAUAAAUUGAUCGACUUGGUCAUUCCUCGGGGCUCUAACGAGCUCGUGCGGUUUGUUAAGGAGAACACGAAGAUUCCUGUGCUGGGACAUGCCGAUGGCUUGUGCUCAGCCUAUAUUCAUGCCGACGCCGACGUCGAAACGGCCGUGAAGGUCAUCGUGGACUCGAAAACGGACUACCCCGCGGCAUGCAACUCGUUGGAGUCUUUGCUUGUCCACGCGGAUACUCUCGACUCGAUCUUCCCGAAUGUGGCGGCGGCUUUGUUAGCGAAAGGUGUCACGUUGCGAUGUGAUGACAUCUCAAAGAAUGCCUUGACCGAAUUUUUGCCGAAGCCCAUGCUUGACGAGACGUCGUCUCUCAUAAAAACGGCCAUCGCUUCCGACUAUGAAACAGAAUUUUUGGGACUGGAGUUGGCAGUCAAAACAAUCCCUGCCUGCAAUUCCCAGACCGCAGCCCUGCAGAUUGCCAUGGACCACAUCAAUCUGCAUUCAUCAAAGCACACGGACAUCAUUCUGACUCAGUCGGAGGAAGCAGCGAAUAUCUUCACUAGUGGUAUCGACAGUGCGGGCGUUUUUUGGAACGCAUCAACGAGGUUCGCCGAUGGUAUGCGUUUUGGGUUUGGCACCGAGGUUGGCAUCAGCACAAACAAGAUCCAUUCGCGUGGACCCGUCGGACUGGAGGGACUGACGAUCUAUAAAUACCUGAUCCGGGGAAAUGGGCAUCGCGCAGCGGACUACGGAAAAGGCGGACGCGCCUACCUCCAUACAAACCUCCCCACGAGCGUCUAA